AUGGGUGUCCCCAAGUUCUUUCGAUGGAUGUCCGAAAGGUAUCCCGGUAUUUCGCAGCUCAUUGCCGAAAACCGCAUUCCCGAAUUCGACUGUCUCUACCUUGACAUGAACGGUAUUAUUCACAAUUGCACCCACAACGAUUCCGACAGCGUCACGGCGCGCAAGUCCGAAGAUCAGAUGUUCAUCUCCAUCUUCAACUACAUCGAGCACUUGUUUGGCAAGAUCAAGCCCAAGCAGCUCUUCUUCAUGGCCAUCGAUGGUGUCGCCCCGCGCGCCAAGAUGAACCAGCAGCGUGCACGACGUUUCCGAACCGCUCUCGAUACUGAAAAGGCCCGGGAGAAGGCUAUCCGCGAAGGCGUAGAGAUGCCGACCGAGGAAGCGUUCGACAGCAACUGCAUUACGCCAGGCACUGCCUUCAUGGCGAAGCUCACGCAGCAGCUUAAGUACUUCAUCAACAAGAAGGUCUCCGAGGACAUAGAUUGGCAGGGCGUGGAAGUCGUACUGUCUGGUCACGAGGUCCCCGGAGAGGGAGAGCACAAGGUCAUGGAGUACAUCCGUCAGGCCAAGGCACAGCCGGGCUACGACCCGAACCGCCGCCACUGCCUGUACGGUCUCGAUGCCGACCUGAUCAUGUUGGGUCUGCUCAGCCACGAUCCCCACUUCAGUUUACUGCGUGAGGAGGUGACGUUUGGUCGCCAAAGCCAAACCAAGUCCAAGGAGUUGGAACACCAGAACUUCUACCUCAUGCAUCUGAGCAUUGUGCGAGAAUACCUGGAGCUUGAGUUCCAGGAACUGGAAGAGCCCGGAGCUCUCAGCUUUCCGUUCGACAUGGAGCGUGUUAUUGACGAUUUCAUUCUUAUGGCUUUCUUUGUUGGCAACGAUUUCCUUCCUAAUCUUCCACAUUUGCAUAUCAACGAGGGCGCCUUGGCCCUCAUGUUCAACGUCUACAAGACUGUCCUGCCCAAGGGCAAAGGAUACAUCAACGAGGAGGGUGUCAUCAACAUGGAGCGCUUGGCUAUCUUGUUGGAUGAACUCUCAAACAUCGAAUACCGUCAUUUCGAAUCUGAAAACUCCGACGCCGCUUGGUUCAAGGGUAAGAAACUUGGAAAGGAAGAUGUAAUGGUGAAGACGGCGAAGCGAGGCACGAUUGUUAUGACUACCCAACAGCAGGCUCUGUUCUCCAAGGUAAAGAGUUGGCUGGGCGAUUACUUGGAGAAGAAAGAGCCAGCCCCGCUGGACCUUCCUGUAUCUCUUCCUGCAGAGGACCGAAAGUUUGUCCAGGAACUUGCCGACAAACUACAUCUUCCAUGGAAGACUGUACAAAAUGACGACGGCGAUCGCCAUAUUCAGGUUGCAGCUCCACCUAAGCUGGUCGAGGGUGAUUCGGACGACGAGGACGAGAUGGACGACGAAUCCACGAAAGCCAUUGUACGCGUCGUACAGAAGUACGAGCAGGCCAAGGUUGUCGACAUCUCACCCGAAGACGCCCAAACUGAGAUGCAAAAGAAAUACGACGAGAAGUUCGACGCUUGGAAGAACGACUACUACAAGAGCAAAUUCGAUUGGGAUCGCAGCAACGAGGAGGAGCUACGAAAACUGACGGAGAACUACGUGCAAGGAUUGCAAUGGGUUCUCUUCUACUACUACCGCGGAGUAGCGUCAUGGCCAUGGUACUAUGGCUACCACUACUCGCCUAUGAUUUCUGAUGUCAAACGGGGUCUGAAGGCAGACAUCAACUUCAAGCUUGGACAGCCGUUCAAGCCUUUCCAGCAGUUGAUGGGUGUACUACCCGACCGCAGUAAGAGUAUCGUACCGAAAGCGUACCAUCCUCUCAUGACAAACGAGGACUCUCCCAUCAUCGAUUUCUAUCCCCGAGACUUUACUCUCGAUAUGAACGGAAAGAAACAGGACUGGGAGGCUGUUGUCAAGAUUCCGUUCAUCCAAGAGGACCGUCUGCUCAAGGCCAUGGCCACCAAGGAAAAUGACUUGACGCCAGAUGAAAAGAUGCGUAAUUCAUUUGGUGUUUCUCUCAAGUUCACAUACGCCAAAGAUCUGGAUUUCGUGUACCAGUCAUCUUUGCCAGGCGUUUUCCCGGACCUUCCCCACUGCAAGUGCAUCGAGAACAUAUUCGACCUGCCGACAAUGGAAGGACUGGAGUACUACAUUGGCCUCAUGGACGGUGUUAAACUGGGAGCCGAGGCAUUGGCUGGCUUUCCCAGUUUGAAGACUUUGCCGUUCCAUGGCAAGCUGGAGUUUGCAGGCGUCAAUGUUUUCAUGCAAGAUAGCCGGAACGAAAGCAUGGUUAUCACUCUCCUUGAUACAGAGCCACGACAGUCUGUCUCUCACGCGCAGGCCAAGCUGGGCAAGGCGGUUCAUGUUGGUUACCCUUUCUUACACGAAGCGAAAGUGGUCAAAGUAUCGGACGAGUUAUUCGACUACGUCUUGCCCGAGGAUGGCCCAUCUCCUGCACCUGUUGCUAUCCCUCAUGGUCCACAGGAGAUCUCCAAUUGGAAGAAGACAGCCAACCGCAUCGAAAACCAGUACAGCAAGCGCCUCGGUAUCAACGUCGGGGAAAUUGAGUCCCUCGUGCACGUAGAAAUGCUCAAGGGACUUAGGAAGACUGACGAAGGAGCCACCAUCAAGGAGUACGGUGAGGUUGCUGGGCUGCAAGUGGAGUACGCGACUCAGACAGUCGUAGACGACGUCUUCAGCGCAGACCCUCGCUUCCUGGAGAAAGAGGCACUUCCUAUCGAGGAGGAAUUCCCCGAAGGAGCACGCGCAUUCUAUCUCGGAGACUACGCCUAUGGCCGUCCUCUGCAAGUCGUCAGCCAUGCCGACAACAAGGCUACAAUUAUGGUCGCCAAGCUCAAGAAGCAAGAGCCGCAUUUUGGACGCGAAGUUGUCAGUAAGGCUGAAAGAUCAACGCCCUAUGUUCCAUCUUACGUUGUGGCAAGGCAACUGAACAUGCCGCCGCUUGCAUUGUCCAAGCUCACGUCCUCUUUCAACGUCAACUCAAGUGGUCUCAAGCUCAACCUUGGGUUGAACCUCAAAUUCGAGGCGAAGAAGCUCAAGGUGUUGGGCUAUUCUCGUAAAUCAGCCAACGGAUGGGAGUACAGCCAGAAAGCGAUGGACCUUUUGGCGCAGUACAUGAUCAAGUUCCCAGAGUUUGUUGCCGCCAUUAUCAACAACCCGACAGGUGAUGGAUGGGAGGACACUGACUUUUAUCCUCCCGAGGUUGCAAAGCAGAAGGUCAAGGAGAUUGGAGCCUGGUUAAAGAGCGUCCAGACCAAGAACUUUGAGAAAGUACCCUUGGACGCCGAGCAGCUCGACUCUGAUACAGUCAAGCUCAUCGAGCAAGCGGCUGAUGCCAACUUCCCACUUACACAAGAAGUGGAGCCCAAGACCGUCGCCAAGGUGCCACGUGUUGCCUUGCUGAAGCCGUCUGACGCGGAGCAGCGUCUUGGACACCAGAACUUCAGCAUUGGCGAUCGCAUUGUCUAUGUUCAAGACUCUGGAAGGGUACCAAUUGGAUCAUCAGGUACCGUGGUUGGCAAGACCCGCACCGCACGUGUUUUGUUGCUGGAUGUUGUGUUCGAUGCUACAUUUAUGAGCGGUACAUCGCUCGGAGACCGCUGUUCGCCAUUCAGAGGAUCCACUGUUCCAGCGACUGCAGUUCUCAACAUGACGGAUCAGCAGGUCGUCCACUAUUCCAGUGCCGCUGCCGCGAAGCGCCCACAACAAGUGCCUUCAUCGUACAACAUGCCUCGCUUCGGUGCCCCUGGGGGUCCUCAGCUCGUUCCAGCGGGUACACCAGCACCUCUCCGUGGGUCAUACCGAGGAGCAUUCGGAGGCGCGAACGGACGGGGUGGAGGCUUCGCACCACGCCAAAGUCCAGGACCACAGCAACCCCAAGGACAGCAGCAGACCCUCCCGAUCCAUGGCGGACCACCUCGUGGCGGCCGUGGCGGAUUUGCGCCCCGUGGUGGACAAGCAAAUGGCCAGCCCGCGCAGAACCAGAACCAAGCUCCAAACGGCGGCAACGCUCGCGGUAACCUCCGUGGUGGCUCAGCAGACUUCGUUCCCCGUGGACGAGGAGGCCACAAGGGCCGUGGUGGCUUCACUGUCAUCGACAACACUGACCCGGCGGAGGGAGUUGUUCCUAACAACCCGAACUUUCAGCCGCGAAACUACUCUAACGUACCACCGCCUGCCAAUCUAGAUGGCGGACGUGGUGGUAGAGGACGAGGCCGUGGUCGUGGCGGAUUCCGUGGGCGUGGAGGCCCAAGGGGCGGCGCGCAACCUGCUGCACAGUAG